AGGUGUCAUUUGUCACUUCUGACUUCUCAGCUCUCACAAGUCACAGUCACAGUGAUAAAAGUUUGUUUUGUAUUUAUGAAAUAAUAUUAUGAAAAUAUGUUCAGAACAUAAUUUGUUUGAAAAAGCGCAAGUUUGACUACCAGAGAUAUGUCUCUUUUCCCCGCUUACGGAGAACUUGUAGGUUUUAAAGAGGACCAAGUUUCAAAUGCAGAAAAUAGGCUGUCUUCUCAUGAAAUUACUGAGGCAAUGGAAGUACAGUUGCUGUCCAGUGAUGUUGAAGAAGAUACAGUGGCCCAUGAUAGAAGUUGUAAACCACUUUUACAGCCAACAUUAUCUUCAGAUGACUUUUAUUUAGAUUGCAAAGUGGACUAUGGAAAUUUGCAUGUUUCUACACUUUAUUAUCCAGGUAGACCACAAUACAACUACACUAACUCUGGUACAAUUGGAUCAAAACAAAGUAAAAAGGACGAAAAGAAAAGGUGGAAAAGAUAUUUUUCUAAAGAAAUAAUUGAUGAAUCUGGUAGUUUAACGGAGCGGCUCAUCGCCUACCGCAAGCUUCUAGCAGAGACGCCGGACGAUCUUCAGCUCUGGGAAGCCUACAUCGACUUCAGGGAGGUGUGCGAGAGCGUGGAGGGCGCCCUCGAAGCGGUGCGGGAGGCGGCCGGCCGCCUACCUGACUCCGUCCGCCUCAGGGAGAGGCUCUUCGACCUCAUGCAGACCGCGCUUCCUCGCCGGCGGUACGUCGAGGAGCUGCGGGAAUCGCUCCGGAAGGAGCGACGCCCGGCGGUCCGCACGGAGACGUGGGCCAGACUCGUCGCGGCCGCGGGGGCGGAGGGCGAGGCGACGGACACGGUGCGGGCGGCCCUGGCCGACUGCGGUCGACGCCCGGGCGCCUCGCUACGACUGCUGCACGCCUUCGGGCUCGGCCUGCGUUCGGCGGGGCUCUGGGAGAGGCUGGUGCUGGCCAUCGAGCUGCUCGUGGCCAUGAACCUUCCCUCGCCCGCCUUCCCGCCCGCGCCUUCAGACGCCGACGCGGCCGAGCGACGUCUGCUCGACCUCGAGGACGAGGCCGUCCGCAGCGGAUUGCCCGUCGGCGUGGUGUGGACGCGCGUGGAGCGAGCGCGGGCCGCGGCCCACUGGCGCCCGGCCGCCCCUCGCGCGUCGGACGCCGACCCGCAGCGCGCGCCCCUGCCGGCCGACGUGGCGGACCUGCUACUGCCCAUCGUCGGCGACGCCGACCUCGCCGGCCUCGCGGUGCGGCUGCUGUCGCUCGCCAAGGUGCCCCUGCUACCGGCGACGGAGGCGGCGGCGCGGGCGCUCGGCGAGCGGGACGGUACGGCGGAGGUCCUGCUCGCGCUCUCGGCGGAGCGGGCCCCGCGGGCCGACGAGCCGUCGACGGCGGCCGCUCUGGAGGCGCUCGCCGAUCCGCCGCACUACUUCGCCGACGACACCGGGUACGGCAGCUGGGUGUCGGGGCUGUGGGAGGCGUGCUGCUCGGCGUGCGGCGGCAACCGGCGCGAGGCUCUCGUCUGCUGGCGGCUGCGAUGGUUGCGGGCGCUGCUGCUGGCCGCGCCGCCGGACCGCCGCGCCGAGCGAGCCGCGCUGCGACGCCGGGCACGAGGCGUUCUGAAGCGGUCGGCGGCGACUUCGCCGACGGCGUUCGCCGAGUUCGCGCUGCUGGAGGCGGACGCGGCGCGCGGCGAGGGCGUCGAGGACGGCGCGGAGAGGGCGAGGGCGGCGGCAGCGCAUGCCCUGCGCGCCGCCAUCGCCGACGUCGACGCGCCCCCCGAGGACGCGCUCUACGUGGCCAGGGUGACGAGCGAAGUGUGCGGAGCGGAAGCCGGCGAGUGCGCGACGGUGUUCGCGGUGCUGCGCCGCCCGCCGCCGCCCAAGCUGGGCUUCUCGUCGCUCGACGCCGCUUCGAGGGCCGCCGCCCUCUCCGCGUGCGAGCAGCGAUGCGCCGAGCUGGAGCGGAGGCUGGGUGAAACGACGGAAGAGGAAACGACGGACUUGACGUCAUUUCUGCGCCCGAGCUCCACCGAGUGGGCGCGUGCGAGGGUCGCGCUCGCGUCGCCCGCUAGACGCCGCGAACUUCUCGCGCGACUGCUGCACGCGCAGGCGGACGUGGCCAACACCGAAGGCGAGGCCCUGCGAUACUACGAGGAGACCGCGAGCGAGCUCGUCCGGCGAGGCGCCGCCGCGGGGGCCGAACACCGCCUGGCGCGGCUCUUCCCCGGCAACGCGCACCUCAACCUCGCGAGCGCCUCCGCCCGUCGGACCCCGAGCGUGCAGUGGCGACUGAGCGCGGUGGCUCCUCCGCGGUCGCCGACGGCCGCCCUCGCCUCGCUGCUGCCGACCUUCCUGCGUGCGUCGCAUCGGGACUGGCCGCCAGUGGAAACUGCACGCGCGGUGCGAGCGGCCCGACGGGCGACCGGCGGAGCGGGUGGCGUGGCGAGCGGCGGAGCGGCGUGGGCGGCUAGGCUCGAGGCGGAGGCGCGAGCCGCCGACCCGAAGACCAAGCGAGCGCUGCUGACCGCGCUGCAGCUGACUCCACACGACAAGUGGCUGCACGUGCGAGGUGCGCGCUGCUGCGGCGAGGAGGCAGAGGUGUUGGCGGACGCGCUGCUCGAGAAGCAGCUGCGGCUGCACGCGCUGCCCGACGAGCUGCGGUCGCUCGACGGACCUCCGGCUUCGGAAGUCUCUUAGUUAUUCAUAAUAAAUAUUUUCUUUGAAGAAAUUUCAUCCUUCGGCAAUAAAUGUUUUCCUCGA